AUGGAACCAAUGAGCUUAAAGGUUUCCUUGAAUAAUUUCAAGAACAAGCUUUCAGAAUUUGAAGGAUAUGUGAAAAAAUAUGUAAAAAAAUCGUUAAACAGCGAUCAAUUUGAUGCGUUAGUAAGCUUUGCCUAUAAUACAGGUGAAGGUGCUAUUAAAAGUGUAGCAAAUAUUAUUAAUUCCAAGGGAUUCAGCGAAGUCCGUAGCGAAAUGGCUAAAUACAAUAAAGUUACUAUUGAAGAAAAUGGUAAAGAGCGUAAAGUAGUUUCACCGGUUCUCGCGAAUAGAAGAAAAUUUGAAGCUGAUAUGUUUGAUUCGAAAAUAAAAUCUUGUCCAAAGGUUUCGCAAAAUUGUAAUGGCGGUUGUAAGAAAUAA